CGCUGCCGUACUGAGUGGGGGUCGCAAACCUCAACCUCUGGGAGCAGAGGCGGAGUGAGCGGGUAGCGCCAUGUCUGACAACGAAGACAAUUUUGAGGCAGACUAUUUUGAUGAUGCUGAGGAAGAUGAGGGGCUUGAUGACUUGUACAAUGCAGAGGAGGAAGACCAGGAGAACGUGGCCAUCUUACCAGCUGGUGAAGGCCAGCAGGGGAACCAGAAACGCAUCACCACUAAUUACAUGACAAAAUAUGAACGAGCGCGUGUUUUGGGAACUAGAGCACUACAGAUAGCAAUGUGUGCGCCUGUUAUGGUGGAGCUAGAAGGAGAAACUGAUCCUCUUCUUAUUGCCAUGAAGGAGCUCAAAGCGAGGAAAAUCCCUAUAAUCAUCAGACGCUAUCUCCCUGAUGGCAGUUAUGAAGACUGGGGGGUGGACGAGCUUAUAAUUACUGACUGAGACCUCAGGACAUUCACUGACUCUUUCCAAAACCAACAGGACUUUUUCACCAUUUUACGAUUCACCCUUCGCAUUUGCUGUUGUACAUAUUUAUUUUUUAAUCCUAUAAAUAAUAUCCCUGUGUUUAAUAAAAAUCCACAAAGCCCUGA